GCUGUGCUCUGGACUCUUUUGUACAGAAAGAAGAUGUGUUUGCUGGCUCUGAGGAAAAAGAAAAAUUGUUAAAGCAGUGUGGAUAUGACUUGAAUUUUUAACCAGGCUCUCAACACCAUUCCUAGGGGUGAAGAAUGAUCUCCUUCCAGCUAGUUUUCCAGUAAUUUCACUGGGGAAUUAAGGUUGGAAGAUGCUUCAGGAUGGAUAAAGCUGUUCAGCACCCCAGCGAGACCCUGAAUCAAACUAUCUCUAACAUUAGCCUUUCCCAGUUCUUGAACUUUGAUACAUGCCACCUUUCCUCCCUUGCAGAAUUCUUGCUAAUUACAGCUUACACAUUGGUUACACUGGUGGGGCUCGUUGGAAAUCUUUGCCUAAUUAUUAUAAUAAAGAGACGGAAAGAAGCUCAAAAUGUCACCAACAUUUUGAUUGCCAACCUCUCUUUAUCAGAUGUCUUGAUCUGUAUCAUGUGCAUUCCUGUCACAGUGGCAUACACCUUAAUGGACCACUGGAUAUUUGGGGAGGCAAUGUGUAAAAUAGGCUCUUUCAUACAAAGCCUGUCAGUCUCAGUCUCCAUUUUCUCACUUGUACUCAUUGCUAUUGAGAGAUAUCAGUUAAUUGUGAACCCACGUGGCUGGAAGCCCAAUAUUUCACAUGCUUAUUGGGGAAUUCUUUUCAUCUGGGGGCUUUCCCUCAUCAUAUCCACUCCUUUUUUAGUAUUCCACCAAAUAACAGAUGAACCCUUCAAACAUUUGUCCUUCCACAGCGAUUUCUACAAGAACAAGGUGGCUUGCAUCGAGGCAUGGCCAUCUCUUACAGAGAGGCUGAUUUUCACCACCAGCCUGCUGGUUUUCCAGUACUGCUUCCCACUGGGCUUUAUUUUUAUCUGCUAUCUCAGGAUAUUUGUGUGUCUUCGAAGGAGAAGGGGUAAAAUAGACAGGAUGAGAGAGAAUGAGAACAGGCUGAGUGAAAACAAAAGGAUCAAUAUGAUGCUGGUGUCAAUAGUGGUGACCUUUGCAGCUUGCUGGCUGCCUCUCAAUAUAUUCAAUGUGGUUUUUGACUGGAACUACGAGGCACUAAUGAGCUGUAAUCACAACCUGGCAUUUACAAUCUGCCACCUUGUGGCCAUGAUCUCGACAUGUAUCAAUCCCAUCUUUUAUGGAUUUCUGAACAGGAAUUUUCAGAAGGAUUUGGUAGUGUUAGCUCACCACUGCAGGUGCUCAGCAUCACAAGAGGAAUAUGAAAAUAUUGCCCUUUCAAACCUGCAAACAGAUGCAUCUAAGGGGUCUCUGAAGUUAAAUAAUCCCCAUGUGGAUAUAUAA